AUGUCUCCAGAAAAGCCAAAAAAAAAAAAAACCCUAACUCUCUCUCUCCCUACAUUCACCCGAGUCCACCCAAAGAACCCUAACCCGAGUUCACCCGUCCCCUCCCCCCCAAAUCAAAAAUAAGUACAUAAAUUUUUUGCUGCAAUGGAGAUGGAGACUUUUUGCCCUGAUGUGCUUGUUUUGGAGAGGAUGGUCUCUUCUCUUUUGGAAGAUGUGGUAGUGGAGACGUAUGUAGUUGCUGGGAAAUCUUUGGCCUGUCUUCUCCUAGCGAUAGGAGCUCUGUCAAAUGAUAUGUAUAUGAUGCCAAAUGUGCCCAACACAGAAGAAAGAUUUCCAAUGGCUGAGCUUCAUAGAGUGAAACGAGCAGAUCCUGAGAACAAGGAUGCUAGUGAAACUGAGGAUGAUGAUGACGAUGAGGAUGAUGAAGAUGUCAAUGAUGAGGAUGAUGAUGGGGAAGAAGAGUCGGGUGAUGAGGGGAAUGACGAUGGAGGGGAGCCUGAAGAUGAUGCUGAGGCCAAUGGUGAUGGAGGAAGUGAAGAAGAUGAUGAUGAUGAUGAUGAUGAUGACGGAGAAGAGGAUGACGAGGAAGAUGAGGAUGAGGAUGAUGAAGAGGAUGAGGAAGAUGAGGAUGAAGAGCUUCCCCAGCCACCUUCUAAGAAGAGGAAGUGAGAUCAAUUAAUAAAUGAUAGCUUCUUCUGUUUUUAUCCUUUGGGUAGGUAAUUGGUGUAGGAGGGGGUUGGAUUAAGAACUUGUCCAUCUUCUUAGGGUAGGAAAAUUUGCCAUCCUUGUUGCUAAUGAACUUGUUUUUGGCUAUAUCUUGUGUUACAAUUUGCAUUAUCUUACAUAUUAGCCUCUUAAUUUA